GAGCCCUAUGCGCAUCUCUUUCUAAAUGUUGGUUGUUUCUCGCAAAUUUUUAUUAGUUCCAAACUAUGGGCUAACAUGUUAGUGCAUUUCGGUCAUUUUCUAGGAAGCAAACAGCUAUUCGAUCGUAAUAUCUGUAAAAUCGUUUAUUAUCCAAAUAUUUAACAUCUGUAAGCUGGAGCUAAAAACAUUUAAAAGUGUGAUCCGUAUGCGAACAAGGUUGAACAGUCUUGUUUGGAAAUAAAUGUCCUAGAUUUAAAUAUUAUUGUACUGCUCAGGUAGGAUGCUGAACGUGUUGUCCCGUUCUGGCAUGCAGUCAGCUGUCGUAACGGUGCAAGAGUGAGCGAAGUGGAAAGUAUACUGCCGGUCUGUCGACACUGCGCUCGUCAAGUUUAAAUUACUUCACCUGUACCGCUACGAGCGAUCGCGCACGAAACGAGAUCCAUCCGUAUCGCGUGUGCUAGCAGCUGCAGGCCGAAAUGUUUUUUAGACAGAUAGCGCCGCAAGUGAUUCGUUAGCGUAGACAAAUGUUGCCUUCCGUUUUCCAGCUGCACAGAGAAGCUUCACGAAGAUGAAAAAUACCAUACCUGACGCUGUCACACAGUGUAGCUGAAGUGUUCCAUAUUGUGGUGCAUAAUUUCUGUGUUCGCGUGAAAAUCAAGGAUGAAGCUGACUCUUCAGUUACCGAAUGAGUACCGAAUUUAGUGAAAUUCUUACGGACUUGCUUAGUGCAGUGUGCUCGUUGCCCCGUUGGUGAUGAUUAUUGCUUUUUGGAUACGUCUCCAAUCAUCGUUAAACUCUGUUGCAAUGCAUCGUGAAUCUGUUGAUGAAAGUGUGCGCGUCUGUUAGAUGCUGAUAUCCACCGCUCGGCCAUAUUCCGUUGCGUUACGCGUACAGCAUCUAGCUUCUCGGUGAAUUACAGUGAAUUUAAAGUGCACAAAACCAAUCCCUUCAAACGACGAGUUAGCGUAACGCGUAAGGUAACCAAAAAAAAACGGUAAAUUCGGUUGAGCAGUGCGGCCAUUAUUAGCGAGUUUUGCGGUGCUAGUUACUGGGAGUGAAGCGAGAAAGUGAAGGGUCGUCAAUGAAAACAACGUGGUUUUCGUACUCAGCCCGGUGCAAUUUGAAAGUGCAUAUGCGUGUGCAUCACAAUAACCGCCAUCGUUAGAGAGUCAAUGCGUUAACCGACGACCGACGUAGGAAGGGGGAGCCCACCAAUUUCCCAUUUUACUACAUCGCUUGUGGCCAAUUUCGGGGUAGCUUUUUUCAGUGGUCCUUUAACCAGGCCUAGCGGUAAACUGGAUAACUGCUUUCCGAAGCCGUACACCCGCUCCGUCUCCAUUGCGUCGUUGAGAAAAAGCAUCGUUUGUGUUCGCGGCGUGGCGUUCCCUUUUUCCUCCUACGCCACGAUGUAAUGAAGAUGUUCGUGUGAAAAUUUUGGGUGAAAUUUACUAAAGUGCGCGCGCGGCAUUGUAUUUUGUUGUUAAAGCGAAAACGUAAAGUAGGCGCAGACGCACGGAAAAGAAACGCCGAGUGCCUCAGAGAGCCGCUUGUGGGGCCAAAGCGAAACAAGCUAAGGAGAAAAAAAAGUGCUACAGCUAAAACGUGUUCGUCGCUUUUUUUUGGUAUUUCUCUUGGCUGUUUUGUGCAGUAUGGAGAAGCACGAGCAGCAGCAACAGCAAAAGCAGCAGAAGCAGCAGUUGUAAAGAGCUGCAAAGUGAGUGUGCGUAAGUGAGUGAAGAGAGUGUAGUGUGUGCGCGCGUGUGUGUGUGUGUGCGAGGAAGGAAGGGAAGGUGACGAGGGUGACCCGCACUGGAACGCAGCGGCAACGGCAAUCGAUCCUCCCGCCGAGAGACGACCGAUUGGAUCGUGCGAAGGAAGUAAGCGGUUUCGGCGCGGGGUGGAACAAGUGACGCGGGGAAACGGAAAGGCGAACCAUUGCUCGCAUUUUUUCCGUCUUUGGGUUUUGUGUAUUUUCAUUUUUACUUUCUGCCGCCACCGUGCGCGCCAACCCGCCGUUGUUCGUUCGUUGAGGGUUUCGGCCGCCUAUUGGAAUUUAAUUCGCAUUCCCCACGAUUCCCGUCAAAGCUCGCGCUCACGCCGUGGCUUUAAGCUAAGGCACAUACAAUGAAUUGGAUUUACAUUUUAGCCUGCAUUUAUGUGUCGUCACAAUUUCUGCUGCUCGAGGUUGCCGGUUCGGGACUGUUUGAGCUGGAGCUACGCUACUUUCAAAACGAAAAAAGUAUCGACCACAAUGAAAGGUGCUGCUCCGGGAAGGCGGAUGCGCUCGGUCGUUGCAUCGGAACCUGUAAAACAAGGUUCCGAGCAUGCCUGAAGCAUUACCAGGCCACAAUCGAUACAACCUCACCCUGCACAUUCGGUGACGUCAUAACGCCCGUACUGGAAGGGACGACACUGAACUUUACAGCGAUCACUGGCACAACGGAAGGUUUCGAAAAUCCGUUACGGUUUCCGUUCGAGUUUGGUUGGCCGGGAUACUUUACACUGAUUAUAGAAGCAUGGCACGAUACAAACGAAACAACAACGCGAUCUCCAGGCACCCUCAUAUCCCGCCUCUCAAUUCAGCGUAUAUUGGAAGUUUCGGCCGACUGGAUGGAAGACAGUUACAACUCAUCGCACACGAUGAUACGGUAUGCGUUCCGGGUGACGUGCGAUCCGAACUACUACGGUGCAGGCUGUGCCAAUUUGUGCCGCAAGCGGGACGAUCAAUUUGGCCAUUUCACCUGCUCACCGAUCGGUGAACGUGUUUGUCUGUCCGGCUGGCAGGGAGAAUACUGUACCAUUGCCCGCUGCACACCCGGAUGCCUUCACGGUCACUGCAACAAACCGAACGAAUGCAAUUGCCAAUCAGGAUGGAAAGGUCCGCUUUGCGACGAAUGUGAACCCUACCCCGGUUGCUUGCAUGGCACAUGCAAAAAACCCUGGGAGUGUAAAUGCAAGGAAGGUUGGGGAGGGCUGUUUUGCAAUCAGGAUCUAAACUACUGCACCAACCACAAACCCUGCCUGAAUGGGGGCACCUGCUUCAAUACGGGCCAAGGUUUGUACACGUGCCAGUGCCGACCGGGUUACAGGGGUACUGAUUGCGAACUGAGCAUCACGAGCUGUACUGAUCAGCCUUGCCUGCAUGGAGCCACCUGCCACGAUGUAACCGACGGGGAUACAUCGAUGGAUACCGAUGGACGCAAGUAUCAAUGUCACUGUGCGAAAGGCUGGAUGGGCAGGCACUGCGAACGGGAAGCUAUCACAUGUGCGGAAAAGCCUUGCCAUCAAGGGACGUGUGUCGACGUGGUUGCUUCUUCCAGCUCUUCGUCCACAACAUCAAACUUCCGGUGUGAUUGUCCACCCGGCUACAGUGGGACGGCAUGCGAGAUCAAAUCUGGCGAAUGUUAUUCUAACUACUGUGCCAAUGGUGGUACUUGCCACGUAGCUGGGUCAUCUUCCACUUCGUCCUCUUCUGCAUCCGCAUCAUCAUCAUCAUCAUCAUCACCAUCGAUGGCACCACUUUUUGGAAGCGGAAACGAUAAUAAUGGUAUGCUGAUGUGUCUCUGUCUGGAUGGAUUCGUGGGCGAUCGAUGCGAAGAAAAUGUGGACGAUUGUGUCGGUAAUCCGUGCCUGAAUGGAGGCACGUGCCUCGAUGCGGAAAACCAUUUCAAAUGCCAAUGCAUACCCGGAUUCAUUGGAACGCAUUGCGAAGAAAAGGUAGAUCUCUGUCUCACAAAACCCUGCGCCAAUGGGGGUAUAUGUACAAAUCUAGAAAAUGAUUAUCGGUGCCAGUGUCGCGCUGGUUUUAUCGGUAAGGAUUGCAGUGCUGAUGUGGACGAGUGCAUUUCGGCCCCAUGUCGAAACGGAGGCACGUGUAUCAAUAGGGUGAACAGCUACCAGUGCGUAUGUGCCGGUGGAUACCGUGGACAUUCCUGCGAGGAAGAGUCGACCACGGCCAUACAGAGAGAUGCUGCGGUGGAUGGUGGCGACUAUCAUCACCAUCAUCAUCAUCCGCAGCAGCAGCAGCGUUACAGCGGUGUGGAUGGAGUGGAUAGUAACAGUCGUACUGCUGAUGGGGGGCUGAGCAGUGGUCAGAUCGUUCUAAUAGCGAUGUUCUCGAUUUCGACUCCACUGUUGGCAUUUAUCGCAACUACGAUCGUCAUCUGUCUGAAGCGCAAGCGCCAGCGGGAACAGGAAAAGGACGAUGCAGAAGCAAGGAAACAGAACGAACAAAACGCAUCUCAUAAUCUGUCCGCUACGUCGCACCAUCAUCAUCACCAUCAUCUGCAACAGCAGCAACAGCAGCAGCAACUUCAUCACCAACAGUCUUCGUCAUCGUCCACAUCGCAGGGUACUCUGCUUCAUUCCAGUUCCCAGCAGCAGCAGCAGCAGCAGCAGCAGCACCAACAACAGCAACAGUACCAUAAUGGGUUUCACAAUCACCUUCAGUCGUCCGGUCAGAAACGGAACAGUAGCAAUACUCUUUCAAACUUUGAUAGUUCACAUCAUAUGAUAAAGAACACCUGGGACAAAAGCAUUAACAACAUGCCGUCCCCACCGGCGACAGGUAGCGGUAGUGGCGGUGGAGGAGGCAGUAGUGGAAGCUGCAGUGCAAAUGGUGCUGGUGGAAGCGUCGCGUCCGCAGCACUACUGCUCAGUGGUGCGAAUAUGGAUGAUAAUAGUUGUCUCAUGGCCACGACAGCUGUGGGUGGUAGUGGGGCCACGGUUGGUGGUACCGUUGGUGGUGUGACUAGUGCCGGUGCUUUAUUGUAUCUAAGCGCCACCGAUGAUGGACCGACAUUGACGUCCUGUUCGACGUUGCAACGUGCCAAAUCACAGAAGCAGCUUAAUACAGAUCCAUCGUUACUGUUGCAGCAGCAGCAGCAGCAACAGCACCAAAACCAUCAUAGUGCUAUGCUGUCCCAAACGUCAGCAGCAUCUCUUCAGCAUACCUCAUCAGCAAACGGCGCAUCUGUAGGAGGUGCUGUACUUUCGUCUCCAGCUGCAGUGUCCUCUUUGGGAACGUCUUGUAGCAGCGCUAGUGGGAAAGAUUUAUUUGAUAAGCGCAUAUCGGUUUUGUCCGAAUCGGGACGAUUAUGCCAUUCCCGUUGGAACGCAGCCACACCAGUUGGCGUAGUGGGCGGUAGUCAUUCAGUUGUUGGACCUUGCAGUCCUCCACAUAUUUAAACACUAGUGAGCUCUUUUGUUACAUAUCUUAGUCGUAGUUAACUAUCGUUCCAAUAACUUCAUUUCAACCAAAAGAGAUCUAGAGAGGAAGAGAGAAAGAGAAACAGAGAAGGAGAUCGCAUAUACACAUAUCUCUACGCUAUUUGGCACAGGAUAUUUGCGUUUAUGAAGCAGGGGCAAACAAUUAGAGCAACAUAAUUGUUGCAUAUACCUGCAGAUAAUCAAAAAAAACGAUUGGGUUUAAUUGAAUAUCUGGGUGUGUAAAUUUAUUUGUCGUUUUUUUAAAUCUCCUAAGUAUAGGCAUUUUAUUAUCUUAAAUUAGAUGAUUGUAAGAAAAUUGGCACAUACAUAUUAGCGGAUGUGUUAAACUGUUAGCUUUCGUAACUUUCCUUUAUGGCCAGAUGUGAAGCACAUGUAAGCAUAGGUAUUCGUCUUAUGAUCUCCUUAGUAGACGAUCGAGGAGUUUUUAGGUUGAUCCACUAUUUUCAUGAUUAAGGUUCUAAGCUCGACGGACGGAUGAGUAAAGCGAAAUGGUUUGGUGUGAACCAUAGCUAUUCUCAACAUUAUUGUUUUUUUUAAGUAUAUUCCUUUGUGAUUUUACCGAAUGGUAGAAAUGCCCUUACUUUUUACCGCAAUAUUUCGUUUUAUUGACGAAUGAUUGAGUUGAUUAAAGGAAAAUGGAUAUAAUUUGGCAUAACUUUUUUUUUUGUAUUUUCAAAACAUGAUUAUUUUUUUCAAAAGAUUUUAAUUUAUUGGGCAUUUGUCCAUUAUUUUUCUUCAGUUUCCCCAUUUUUAUUUUAUGUUUGGAUAUAUUUCACCAUUAUUUUUAACAACAACAUUAUUCUCAACAUGUGGUUCAUGAACGUGCGAGUUGAAAUCGCUCUGCGUGAAGUGAAAUUUUGUUUUACAAAAUUCAAAAUAAAGUUUUAUUGGACAAACAGCUUAUUUAGAUGCAAUAGUUGAAAAAUUAAGCAUGUUUGUAAAUUUGCAAAUUCCGUCUCUCAUACGAAAACAUUGUGUAGUAGUAUUUACGCCAGAUCGAUAAGAAUGAUUCGUUCGUGAAAGUAAAAUCACAAUUCAAUGCAAUGCAAAUCCUUUUAAAACAUUAAACAAAUGGUGAUUUUUUCACAAACAAGAAUGUAAUAAUUAUUUACACACGUAAAAUUAAUUAAUAUAUUUCGUUUAAAACAAUUGGUCAUUUAUUCCCGUGAUCAUAAUAGUGCGCAUUACACUAUUACUGCACAUCUGCAAUACAUUUCUUUUCUUUAUAUUUUCUUUACGACUUCAUAUGGCCAGUAGGUACUUAGUGCGGCGAAUUACCACUUUAAAUGCAUUGUUGUUGCUUUUGCAAAUCUUUCACCGUAUAAACAAAGUCAGUUAAUUAUUAGGUUCUUGGUGAUUAUUUGCAUGUGUCAUGCUACGGAAGUUACAAGAGGAGAGAACUCAUCAUUGAAGAAGACGAAAGGGAAUUGAGAAAAGUAAUCCCUCUCGCAUUGACAAUCUCGCAUAUUUGUAGCACUAGAAAGGAACGAAACGUGUGCGUGAAGAAUUAAUGUUAAAAUGGAAGUUGCUACCUUGCUGGAAAUGCGCAUAAAUGUACUAGGUGUAUCAGUUUAUCUCGAUUCUUUGCCAUGUAGCGUGUUAUAUAGAGACAUAUAAGAGAAAUAUCAUACCAUUUUAUACAAAGAAGAAAAAAAUAUAACUAUUGAUGUUCUCUUUGUGGUUAUUCCAUAUGUGUCUAUUUAAAGAUAUCGUUUGUUAAAUUAACAACACUAUCGUAUUGUGUUACUGAAAUGCGAAACAAAUAAUUUCGUGUGCUUAUUUUUGUGAUUUUAUUUAAAACUAUCAUCCACCGUUCACCAUCGGAACUUUGCUAUGUAAGCAAGCAAAAGAUGUUGAGCGAAACCUUCAAACAUAUUUAAUUGUUGAUCGGUGUACCGUUUACGACUAAGCCCACGAUCAUUGCUCUCUCUCUUAUAAGUUAUGAAUCAUAAAAAACAUACUAUAGUUUUGGCCACAAAAUGUAAUUUAUAUUGCAAACCAUGGAUAAAACACUCGAAAAAUACAGCGCCUAAUGAUAUUAAACGAUACCCGAUUUACACAAAAAUGUUAGACACUUUUGAGUGUUCCCACUUUUGCACACCACCGUUCAGUUUUUGGAUAAAUAAUAGAUAACAGGCCAAUCAAGCGUUUUGUUGUGGCAAAAAUGUGAUACCGCAUAGUAUGUAAUGAAACAUUUGACGAGGUGUAACGAGGUGUAACAAUUAAAAUAAUGCUUCAUAAGAUGAGCAAAAAAAAAAAGAAAAUAAAAACAACAAGAAGAAAGGUCAGGAAAAAUGUAGAGCAUGCAAAGGAUGGGAUGAUAUCAUACUUUGAGGACAGUAGCAAGCAUUCGUAAUAAGGCCGGAAAAGAACAAAGACUAAGUCAAUUAUGAAAACCGCUAAACAUUAAACUAUCACAAAGGGUAUAUUUGAGAACACCGGCAUAGUUUUGAAAACAAACUUAAUAAUAAUAGGUUACAUAUUACCACCACCAGAUCCUGCCUAACCCAAUCAUCCAUGUGGUGUAACACAGCCAACAGUACUAGAAUUACAUCGUUUAUAAGGGAACGAAAUGACUGAACUAAAAUUGUACAUUUUACAGUAGCUAUUCUUAUGGUAUUCGCUAGAAAUGAUAAUAUUAUUAUUUGGCCGGUUGUAAUCAUUAGCGUAAAAUAUUAUGCAAACUAUGUCGUAGCGUUUUUUUUUUGGAAGGAAGCAACCAUUUUCACACGCAUCUCCUAUUGAAUCUGUGUAUAAAAUUUCAUAGGCCCCCGUCAUCAUUUCAUCUUUUUCACAUUCGUGCACAGUUCCUUAAAUAUACGAGGUACGAUGCAUGGUUGUGUAUUGGUAGGAAACAUUCAAUGUUUUACAUUGAGCAUUUACAAGAAUGUUUUUUUACAUAGGAGAACACGAUUGCCGAGAAGUGUCCUGCAAUUACUAAGCAUGCCAAUUCAAAAUAAACAAUUUUGAAUCCGGUUUUUCUUUCUGUACUAUGGCGUUUAUAGAUGUAUUUGUAUUUGUCUAUUUAUUAUACAUACUUGCCUGGACGUGUGUCAUCUAUACUGCGUGCAAAAGGAUCUUAACCAGGCAGACAUAUACAUACAUAGGUUGUAUAGCAAUUUAUACCAAUUUGUGUUAUAUUAAAGUAUGGAAAGCGAAAACUAAACUUUGUCAGAAACCAAUCCGAAGAAACAAAUUGGUAAAAAAACAGGGGUAUAUAAAACCAAAACAGUCAACAAGAAAUAAAAAAGAAAGGACAAGGAACGUUUCUUCAGUCUUCGAUCGAUGUAUAUGAAUAUUACCUGAAUUCAACAGCGUAAGUGUACAGUAAUGAACUUUUCAUAUCAGUAACUAUUACAUUGUAAGAUUAAUUGUAUAGAAGUAAUUUUUUGUAGAGCGAACAUAAUCGUGGCUGGUGUGUAAAUUAUAAGAAUACAGUUUGGAUGUUCAGAAUUUGCGUUCUGAUUUUUCUAACCUAAUUACAAAUAAAAACUUGUAAACAAAAUGA